GAAAGGUAGGGUUUUGGGUUUGAAAGAGAAAUUUUCCUUUUAAAGAUUUGAUCUUCUUAAGCUUUUUCUUUUCUUUUGGUGGGAAAGAAGUGGUUUAAACUUAGGAGGGUUGAAUAGCAAGCUAAUGCCAUUUGUUUGUAAAAUUGGAAUUGAAGUAUUAAAGAAGACUAAUUUCAAUGUCUCGGAUUGGCCAUGACGAUAGCUUUCUCUACACUUCUCUUGCUACCUAUCCUGGCAAGAAACUCGUUGUGUUAUUGGGAGAUGGCCGUCAUCGUUUGGGGUUACUGCGUUCUUUUGAUCAAUUUGCUAGUAUUGUUCUAGAAGGAGCUUGUGAGCGAGUUAUUGUGGGUGAUUUGUACUGUGACAUACCCUUGGGUCUAAAUAUAAUCCGUGGGGAGAAUGUGGUCCUAAUAGGAGAGAUGGACAUGGAAAAAGAGGAGCUUCCUUCACAUAUGACUGCUGUAUCCACGGUUGAGAUUAAAAGGGCUCAGAAAGCAGAGAGGGAUGCAACAUAUCUGAAGGGCUCUAUGAAAAACAUAAUGGAGUUCCUUGGUAUUGAUUAACAUGUCCUGCCAUUUUUCUAAAAGUUUCACAUCACGUUCGUGGCCUAGAAUUUGAACGAGGGUCGGUAGGCAUGAAGGAUUCUUACCGAGGACAAUUUCCUUGCACCUCCAAAAACAUGGGGUAUUAAACACAUUAGCAAACAGAACUAUGGUAAAGUCUUUCAGUGACAAUGAGUUUAGGGUCUUGAAACAUUUCAUUUUUUAGUAGAAAUUGUUCAAAAUUGGUCCAGUCUCUUGCCGGUUUCACCUUCAUUUUACUAUGUAACAUGAUUAGUCAUGUUUCAUGAAUCA